UCUGAUUGAUGCCUCUUUGGGGGACAUUUUAGGCGGUGUUGAAAUCCUGGCCGGCGGGAAGGCGGCUGGGCGGUGCCGGAGGAGGCUUUCCAUGCGGGCGAUCUGCGCCGAGCGAGCCUGCAGCCCCUGAUCAGUCCCAGGGAAAGACGCCCCAUUGGCCCGGGCCGCGAAGGGCAAGGUCUCCUCUCGAGGCACUUACAGAGGUGAGCACACCUGGGAGGCAGAGAGAACAGUUCCGCCCCAAGGCCCUUUCUCCAGCCUAGAGCGGGAAAACGAAACUACCGCGGUUGCUCUCCCUUCCCUUUGCCGAGGCAGCCAUGGCGGCUGGCGGUCCAGUCAAAGAGCUCUGCGAGGAAGCCACUUGCUCCGUCUGCCUGGAGUUUUUCAGGGAUCCCGUCACGAUCGCCGAGUGCGGCCACAACUUCUGCAGAGCCUGCCUGGCCCGGAGCUGGGGGGAGUCGGGGGUAGAGGCUUCCUGCCCCCAAUGCAGGGGAAAAGCUCAGCCGAAGAACCUGCGGCCGAACCUGCAGCUGGCCAACUUCGUGGAAAUAGCCAAGAAGUUCCCUCUUCAGGAGGGACAGGGGGGCGUCUGCGAGAAGCACCAGGAGCCCCUGAGGCUCUUCUGCAGGGAUGAGGAAGAGCCCCUGUGCAUGUUCUGUGGCAAAUCCAAGGAGCACAAAGAUCACGAGGUGAUCCCCCUGGAGGAGGCUUCCCAAGACUACAAGCCAGUCGUGGCAGCUCGGAAAGAGAGAGUCUGCCAGAAGCACCAGGAGCCGCUGAAACUCUUUUGCAAGGCCGAUGAAGCCCCCGUCUGUCUGGUCUGUGACCGAUCCAAAGAGCACAGAAAUCAUGAAAUCAUUCCCGUUGAGGAGGCUUCUCAAGAGUACAAGGAACAAUUCUGCAACUGGCUGGAGAUUCUGAAGGAGGCGAGAGAAGGAAUUCUGGUCUAUAAAGCAGACGUAGUGAAGGAAAGUCAAGACCUGCUCAAGCAAAGCAAAGAAGAGAAGCAAGCAACAGCAGCCAAGUUCAGCCGACUGCACGAGUUUCUGGAGGAACAAGAGAAACUUCUGCUGGCCCAGAUGGAAGAGGUGGAGAGGGAGGUAGCAAGCCAAAGGGACCAGCACCUGGCGGAGCUCUCUGAGGGACUCUCCUCUCUUGAGAGCCUCAUCCGGGAGAUGGAGGAGAAGAGCCAGCAACCAGCCAGUGACCUCCUGCAGGAUGUCAGAAGCACCGUGAAGAGAUACAAAGAAAAGGUGACUUUUGAGAAUCCAUUGACUUUUCCUCUUGAGCUGAAGUGGAGGAUCUGGGACUUCUGUGAGAUCAAUCACUUGCUGGAAGAUCACAUGAAGCAAUUCAAAGGCACUCUGGUCUCUGGACUUCAGGUGCAGGAAGCAAAACUGACUCUGGAUCCAGAGACAGCGUAUCGGCGACUUACCGUGUCUGAGGAUUGGAAAAGCAUGGGAUGUGGAGAGAAAAAGCGAGAUCUACCUGACAAUCCUAAAAGAUUUCAUGAAUAUGCUGCUGUGCUGGGACGUGAGGGAUUCACAGCAGGCUGCCAUUUCUGGGAAGUCCUUGUGGGAAGUGAGGGAGAGUGGAGUGUGGGGGUUGCCAGAAAAUCUGUGAGGAGGAAGGGACAAGAUAUCUUCUGUCCUGAGGAAGGAAUCUGGGAGGUGAGGAAGUGUAACAAUGACUACAGUGCUUCCUUAAAAGAUUGUAAUUCUCCCCUGACGUUGAGUGGGGAGCUGAAGAGGGUCAGAGUGUGCCUGAACUACGAUGGGGGGCGAGUGGCCUUUUUUGAUGCUGACAGGGCAGCCCUGAUCUACGAGUUCUCUGGAGCCUCCUUCUCUGGAGAGACCCUCCUGCCCUUCUUUUGGGUUUGUGGAAAAGGCCACCUCAAACUCUCUUCUUAAGACAGUCUCUUCAUGCAGGGACUAUUAAUAAGAGAAUACUGUUUCCUUAGAAACCAUUUUUUAGUUCUGCAAAGGCCUCUAGAAGCUCUGAGCUGUCAAAAUUGACGGAAGUAAAAUGGGAACAGUCCCCCCCUUUUUCUUCUACACUAUUUCUUAAGAAGACAAUGACACAUUUCACAUCAUUCAUAACAAAAUAUUGGUAUACUGACCGUCUAGCCUCUAUGGCAUUCAAGCAUGCCUUCAACACCCCCCCAAAAAAGAUCUCAGGCAGCUGUGAAAUGGAAGACCCCAAAGCCCAGCCUUUGCUGCUUCCCAAGAGAUGCUUGGAGACCCUUCAUCUCACCUCCCACAACUUUUCAAUUUUGUUUCAAUGCAGCUGCCAGAGGUGAGGUGGAGUUAGACCAAAGAUCUGUUACAGUGUGUAGGGGACUCAUUUCCCCAAGCUCCAUUUUUUAAUUUAAAUUGCCCCUUUUGGGUACCAUUUACAGAGGGAGUAUGUUUCCGCGGUGUUCUUGAAUUAAAGGAUUCUC